AUGAUGAGCAGCCUCUGUCAUCGUGUUAUUGUCAAAGAAAUUCCCCCAGUAACUCCCAUGGAUGCAAUCCGUGCACUGGAAGGUGACUUCAGAGAAGUCAGUGGGAACGACAUCACAGUGUCUCAAGAAGAUCUUGUCUUCCUUGAUAAACUUCAACAAGGCAUAAAGAGAACUGAACAAGGGCAUUAUGAGAUGCCACUGCCAUUCAAGGAAAGGCCACAAAUGCCUGAUAACAAACAGCUCGCAGAGAUCCGACUUAAUCACCUCAAAAGGAAAUUCGCCCGAGACGAGAAAUACAAGGAGGAUUAUAUUAAGUACAUGAACGACAUCAUUGCAAAGGGUGAAGCAGAAGAAGUCAAAGAUGAUGGACUCCCUGGUGAGACAUGGUAUAUACCACACCAUGGCAUCUAUCACACAAAGAAACCUGAAAAGUUGCGUGUGGUUUUUGACUGCUCAGCCAGACAUAAAGGGACCAGUCUCAACGAACAUCUCCUGGCUGGUCCAGACAUGAUUAACAAUCUGACAGGUGUCCUUUUACGCUUUCGGCGACAUCAAAUAGCUCUACUGUGUGACAUAGAAAAAAUGUUCCAUCAAUUUCAGGUUGAAGAGAGAGAUCGUAACUACCUUCGCUUCCUGUGGUGGAGAGAUGGAGACACAAGCACACAACCUCGAGUGUACAGGAUAACAGUGCAUCUUUUUGGUGCUGUCUCUUCGCCAGGGUGUGCGAACUAUGCAUUAAAACAUCUAGCCAAAGAGAACAGCAUUACUUUCCAACUAGGCUCCCAGUUCAUAGCUAGAGACUUUUAUGUGGAUGAUGGAGUCACAAGUGUGAAAACAGUGGAAGACGCCAUGCAGCUAGCUCAAGAGGCACGUGAACUGUGUGCCAAAGGUGGCCUGCGAUUGCAUAAGUUUGUGUCCAACAGUAGUGCCGUUCUAAGCAGCAUACCGAUAUCAGAGCAUGCAUCUGACAUCAAGACUAAAGAUCUUGCGUUCUGUGAGACACAAACCGAGAGAGCACUAGGCAUUCACUGGAACAUAGAAAAGGACUGUUUCACUUUCAACAUAGCCCUGAAAGACCAACCUCCCACACGCCGUGGAAUAUUAUCCACGGUUGCAGCGAUAUACGAUCCUCUAGGAUUUGUCGCCCCCUAUCUCCUCAAUGGUAAAAGAAUCCUACAAGAAAUGUGUCGACAAGGAACCGGGUGGGACGACCUACUACCUGCACAUCUGAGACCACGGUGGGAGUGCUGGAAAAGAGAUCUUAUUAAUUUGGAGAAAUUGCAGAUUGCCAGAUGUUAUGUGCCUACCAACUUUGGAGAAGUGGUAAAAAGAGAACUGCAUCACUUCUCAGAUGCAAGCACCACUGGAUACGGACAGUGUUCUUAUCUGAGAAUGAUAAAUAAGGACAGAGAUGUUCACUGCGUUUUUGUCAUGGGGAAAGCCCGCGUGUCUCCCACAAAGGUCACCACAAUACCAAGAUUAGAACUCACAGCAGCAACCGUCUCAGUCACAGUAAGUAACAUGCUCAGAGAGGAGCUACUGUACAGCGAUGUGGAAGAGUUCUUUUGGACAGACUCUAAAGUCACUAUAGGAUACAUAAGUAAUGAAGCAAGACGUUUCCACACAUUUGUUGCAAACAGGGUGCAAAAGAUCCGCAACAACACGACCCCUCAGCAGUGGUUUUAUGUUUCAACCUAUGAAAACCCUGCAGACAAGGCAUCUAGGGGAACGACGGUAGAUGGACUGCUCUCAUCCGACUGGUUCACAGGCCCUAAAUUCCUGUGGGAAAAGGAAAUACAACUUCCAGCAAAUGAGAACACAGAACUUCCAGUUGGAGAUCCUGAGGUGAGAAAGGUGCAAACAUUAAACACACAAACUGCAGAACAUAUGAGCCUUACUGACCAUCUGGCAAGGUUCUCAUCCUGGUCUCAUGCAGUUAGUGCCGUAGCACGUCUUAGACGCCGUCUGCUGAAUGACAAAUCAAAUGCACACUCUACUUUUAAUGAACGACAAAAUGCUGAACUCGUGGUCGUCAAAGAUCUGCAAAGACAAGUAUAUCAAGAGGAAAUAAAAAUAUUAAGCAAAGGUAGACCAUUACCAAGAAACAACAAACUUUACCAUCUUGAUACUUUCUUAGACAGCGAUGGCCUACUCAAGGUGGGAGGACGACUACACAUUUCAUCUCUUCCUGACUCAUUCAAAUAUCCAACAGUCAUUCCAAGAGAACAUCAUGUCACAAAACUGAUAAUCGCAUACCACCAUGAAAGGGUUAAUCAUCAGGGCAAAGGCUUUACCAUGAAUCAGAUUCGAGCCAGUGGCUAUUGGAUCCCCAGGCUGAGCCAAACGGUUGCAUCCUAUAUUCGCCAGUGUGUGUUUUGUCGGAAACUAAGGCGAUCUGUGGAAGAACAAAAAAUGAGUGAUCUCCCCACGGAAAGAGUGGAACCCUCUCCACCUUUCACCUAUUGUGGCAUGGAUGUCUUUGGGCCGUUUAUCAUUAAACAAGGACGCAAAGAAAACAAAAGAUAUGGCCUGCUCUUUACAUGCUUUUAUUCUCGUGCCAUUCAUGUAGAAAUGUUGGAUGACCUAUCAACCGAUGCCUUUAUCAAUGGACUGCGAUGCUUUAUAGCACUACGUGGCUCAGUCAAGCAAAUUAAGUGUGAUCAAGGGACCAAUUUCGUAGGGGCCAAAAAUGAAUUCGCUACAGCUCUACAGGAAGUUGAUGCGGAGAGACUGAGAACCUUUCUUGCGUAUAAACAAUGUGAUUUUGUCUUGAAUGCACCUCACGCAAGUCAUGCAGGCGGAGUGUGGGAAAGACAAAUAAGGACUGUGAGGAAUGUUCUCAACGCCACACUCACACUCUCAUCUGCUCGACUCAAUGAUGCUUCCCUACGGACCUUUCUGUAUGAGGCAGCAGCGAUUGUGAAUAGUCGCCCUCUCACAACAGAGAACCUGAACGAUCCAAACAGUUUGGAACCACUCACUCCUAAUCACCUCAUCACCAUGAAGGCUACUACUGCUCUACCUCCUCCUGGUAGGUUCGUUAGGGAGGAUUUGUAUGGAAAGAAGAGAUGGCGUCAAGUACAGUUCCUAGCAGAGCAAUUUUGGAACCGCUGGAGAAAGGAGUAUCUCCACAACAUCAUGGUCCGACAACGGUGGCACAGGCCUAAGAGAAACAUUCAAGUAGGUGAUGUAGUGAUGGACACUGACGAAACACAACCAAGAUCUGUGUGGAGGCUUGGAAGAGUCUCAGAGACAGUAAUAGACAAGGAUGGACUCGUCAGGAGGGUCAAAAUAAUUCUUGGAGACAGAAAUCUGAACAAAAAGGGUGAAAGGCAGAGCAAAGUGUCUGUGGUUGAACGUCCAGUUCAAAACGGAAACUGGCUUUUAUUUUGAAAGUACGGGAUGCGCGGGGAAUCUAAUAGAAAAGAAAAAGGAAAGGAUUGCUAGCAAUAAAGAGAAGGUGAAACGGCAACAAAGGUUAAAGAGAUUAAGAAUAUAGCCUCAGUCGAAAGUGGCAACAAGGUAUGUUAUGUCUUAUGGUGUAAAGGAUGUUUUAUUAAGCUUUGGUACAUAC